AUGGCUUCACAGAAUACUGCUACACCUGAUGCAUCUAUUCAAACUUCAAGUAACGGAGAGGUUGAUCUCGUAACAGAGAAAUUUGACGAUUUAUUGAAAUCGCAGGAAGAAGAUAUUAAACAUAGUUCACUCCAAGAGACAAGUAACGAAGUUGAAAUCCAGACAGCCCAAGCAGGUUCCGAAUUAUUAUCUGUAAAAAGUUUUGAAGAAUUAGGAUUGGGUCUAUAUGAAAUGGGAUUCUCGAGGCCAUCAAAAAUACAAGAAAAAGCUUUACCACUGCUUCUUGCAGAUCCCCCUCAAAAUAUGAUUGGUCAGUCUCAAUCGGGUACCGGAAAAACCGCAGCCUUUGCUCUAACUAUGCUUAGCCGAAUAGAUUACGAUUCAGAGACAACGCAGGCAAUGUGUUUGGCGCCUACUCGGGAAUUAGCGCGGCAAAUUACAUCUGUUAUAAAAAAGAUGGGAAAAUAUACAAAGUUGACACUUACAGAGGCAAUUAAAGAUGCUUACGAUAGAACCCAAAAAAUCAAUUCUCAUCUAAUAGUUGGGACACCCGGUACUCUCACAGAAAUGAUCCGAAAACGACUGGUUGAUCCUAAGAAUGUCAAAAUAUUUGUAUUGGACGAAGCUGACAAUAUGUUGGAUCAACAAAGUCUUGGUGAUCAAAGUAUUAGGCUCAAAAAUAUGAUGCCUCAAUCAUGUCAAAUAGUAUUAUUUUCAGCAACUUUUUCGGAUCAAGUUAGAACUUUCGCGGAACGAUUUGCCCCAAAUUCAAAUCAAUUCAAACUGAAAACCGAAGAAUUAUCGGUAGAAGCCAUUAGACAAUAUUUUAUGGAUUGCAAAAGUGCAGAACACAAAUUCGAAGUUUUAGAUGCUCUCUAUACGCUGUUAACAAUCGGUCAAAGUAUAAUCUUUGUGCAGAAACGUGAAACAGCUGAUACUAUUGCGAGGAGAAUGACAGAAAUGGGUCACAAAGUCAUUAAUAUACACGGCGGACUUUCUCCUACCGAGCGAGACCAGGUGAUGGAUGGCUUUCGUCGUGGGGAUGCCAAAGUACUCAUCACCACUAACGUUUUAUCACGAGGUAUCGACGUACUACAAGUAAACUUGGUAAUUAACUACGACCUUCCCGUGGAUGUGCACGGUAAUCCCGAUUACGAAACUUAUUUGCAUCGUAUUGGACGCACUGGUCGGUUUGGUCGAACAGGUGCUUCUAUUAACUUUGUACAUGAUACUCAAACAUGGAAUAUCGUAAAAUCAUUCGAAAACUAUUUUGGACGGGAAAUUAUUAGAGUGGCAACAGAAGGCUAUGGCGAAAUUGAAAGAUUGUUAAGAGAUGCUUCAACACCCAUUUUAAUAGGUUUAGGUGUCACAAUAGCUGCCUUGACGGGUCGACAUUUGAUUAAAAAAUUCCCACAAAUUGCAAAAAAUGCUCAAAAUCCAUUGUCAUAUAUAAAAUCAUCACGCACGCCUAUGUACAAACAGCUGUAUAUGGGUGGAUUUGAACAAAAAGUUGAUAAAAAGGAAGCGUUGCUUAUAUUGGGGUUAAAACCUAAUGGCCUUAAUAAAGCUAAACUCAAAGAUGCACACCGGCGGAUUAUGCUGGCUAAUCAUCCUGAUCGUGAUGGAUCUCCUUAUAUUGCAUCAAAGAUCAACGAGGCAAAGGAUUGCCUCGAAAAAACCGUCAAAUCAUGA